AUGUUCGCCCCGCAAGAGCUUCCGGUUAGCCUUCUGUCCGUCAGUCCUCCCGUCUCCCACGCAGGACCUCGCGACGUCGACUCAUUGAUCGAAGAUGCCCUCCAGGCCCCGGGCGGGACGCGCAUGCUCAUCAGCGUGAAGGGGCGGGCCGACUACCUCGUGUGGAUCGUGCCCACCGUCGACCGAUCGCCGUUCGGGACCGAUGAUGCCGUCCGACACUGUCAGGAGUUCUUGCGCCGCGACACGGAAUCCACGCUUUGCCUCGUUUUUCAUGCCUGCCCCCCGGAUGGAAAGGCGUACCUUCUCGUGGCGACUCGGUUCACAGGCCUCCCUUGCCAGUCGAUCCAGCUUCCUUUCAUCGAGCCGAAGCACCUGGAGGGGCCUGCAGCGGGGUGGGGCAAACGACGCAUACCCUCCUGGCCGCCCCUCCUGGCCUGCUGCUCCCGAUGGGAGUACUCGCGGGUGGUGUAUCUCUUUCUGGGCCUCUUGUUGGUUGUGAUACUCGCGAUCUGUUUGUUGAUACACAACAGCCUCCGCUUCGAUACCAGCGGCAGCAGAGGGCCCCAGCACCAGCUUCGCUUGACUGCCAGCAAUGUCUCCGAGUGGGCGUCCACGCACCUCGACGGAGAAGGAGAAUGGGAGCUCCGCAUCGACGAUCAGACCAUGAUCCCAGCCCAGCUUCUCGACGACGACGAGGAGCGUCACCAGCAGUGGUUCCGCCACCACUAUCCCGAGACGAACGAGGUUCGCCUGACCGGGGAUUAUGUCAACGAAUCCUCCCUGGCCGACCCGAAUGCGAUGAAGGUACCCGGGGAUCAGCGGUUUCACACGGCGCACUGCCUGCUCGCCCUGCGCAGAUACUGGAAAGCGAAAGAAUCGGGCCGGCAUGUCUGCCCCGUGGAUCUGGACUAUCGGCACGUGGAACAUUGCCUGGACUCGCUCGAUCGGUUGGUCUUUCUGGACACCGAGUCGCCGUCGUCUGCGAAUGGCCCGGAUUCGAUGGCGGGGGAUUGGCCGAUGUCGCUACCCUGGAAGACCAAGGUCUCUGACGAUCACCUAGAGGUGUUUCCAGCCGAUCCGGCUCAAAUAUUCUACACUGAGAUGUCGGAAAACGAUGCCCGGGAGGCCGUCGACUCUUUGAAGCCCCAGAGCUAUCAAACGAUGCAUAGCCCCUGCACGUAUGCCGCAUGGAAGGAGGUCCCCAGCACCUACUUUUACUGCGCCAAAGAUGCCGCGAUUCCUUUGCAAGUCCAGCGGGUGAUGGUCGAGGAAUGGGCCCAUGGAUACCCCAUCAGAACGGAAUCCGUUGACGCGUCGCACAGCCCCUUUGAUUCGGUGCCCGGAGAAGUCGCCGGGGCCAUCCGGAGAGCAGCCGGGGAGGAUGUUUGAUCGGCCUCUUUCGGGCCAGUCGGGUGGCGUUCAGAUGAUACUGGAUCUGUACAGCAUCCUACAUGUACAUUGCAUCGAAGACAGCGAUUGAAUAUCACAGCCUCGCGGAUCCUUCGCCGAGAGGGCGUCGGUCACAUACUCUCUGUUUGGUGCCGAUGCUGGAAGUGAAUGGAUAGACUCAUGCCUCAGGAACUUGGUCGAGGAACUGAGGCGAGAUCGAUGCUGGGUAGCACAAGGACUGACAUCACAAAUAAGCCGUACGACGAUGCAUCAUGGAGGGCCAGG